AACGUUUCGAAUGGGCAAAUAGCGUCAUACAAUGACGCGUCGAGGACGUUAACAAUUCGAUAUCAUAAUGAUAUUGAUAACCCAGCCUAUAUUCAAUACAUAUGUGGAAACGACGGAAUAUGGAAUAAAACUGCCGAAUAUGAUUCUGACCCAUGUGCUAGAUCAACACUCAACUGCACUCAAACCUCGGGAUGUACACUGGAUAGGGACAAUGAGCCUACUUGCUUCUGUAAUGCAGGAUUUACUUUUAAUAAAACAGCAGGACAAUGUCAAGCUGCUUACCGGGAUAACAGCUGGUAGACAGGGUCUCAUGUGAACUAUGUGAGGUGCCAAACUGGGGUUUGAACUGUUCACAAACGUGCGACUGUACCGGACGAGGUGCCGAGAGAUGCGAUCCCUUCAGAGGCUGCAUGUGUUCCAAUGGUUGGACAGGAAGUUCCUGUGAUGAUGACGUUGACGAGUGCAAUGAGCGUCCUGGAGUCUGCGAGGAUGCCAGGAGGUCCUGUAGUAACAACAUGGGCUCGUUCAGCUGUGAUUGUUUGCAAGGAUACGAGGAAGAUGCUAGCGGAUAUUGCCGAGACAUAAACGAAUGUUCGGAUCCACAGUUGAACGAGUGUACCCAGACGUGUUUGAAUGCAGAAGUAAGCUACACAUGUGGAUGUAAAUCAGGCUACAAAGAAGUCAACUUUACACAUUGUUCUGGUAUAUACUCGAGCAUCUAUAUACGAAACUUGAUUGUGGUCGGGAUCAUUUUCUAGUGACCUCAUGUCACAGAAUAUAGAUGACUGCAAUCUGGCCGUGUGAAAACAAUCCAGGAUAUUACAACUGUUAUUGCUAUUUCGGAUACAGACUCAACGACGACAUGGAGACAUGUAGUAAAGUGAAAGACUAUUGCAAAGAACUCCACAAUCUGACAUGAACCGGCUACUGUGAGGUACAAGGCAACUGUGAGGUACAAGGCAAUGUUCCAUCUUGCCAGUGCCCGCAAGGCUUUAAACUUGACUCUGACUUUUACAGACAUCAACGAAUGUGAGGAGGAAAACAACUUGUUCCGGACGAGCAACGUGUUAAAAUACCGUUGGUUCAUAUGUAUGUGAAUGUCCUGUCGGUAUGAUGCUGCAAAAUGACAAACGGCAAUAUGAAGGCUGCGUGUGUGACCCGGGCUGGACAGGGGUAAGUUGCGACGUUGAUGUCGACGACUGCAGGGAAAACAAAGUAGUCUGCAUUGAGCCAAAUACCCAUUGCCUGAACACGCCUGGCAGCGCCUCUUGCGUCUGCCAAAAUGGUUUCAAGAAAAACAUAGAAUCGGAAAUGUGCGAAGGUUAGGACAAAAGCAAAGUUGUGUUAUGUGGUUCUUAUAUAUUUAGAUCUUCCUUACACCAAGUGUCUUUUAAAUGUAUGUAGAAUUAUGGACUCUCAAUCAGUGUUUAAGAGUAAUCAUACAAUUACGUUUUCACAAUAUUAUGCAUAAAAAUAAGAAAAUAAAGUUUAGAUGGCAAAAAAAAACGUACGUCUAGAACUAAUGUAAAGAUAGAGUUAGUGUGAUUGUGUACUUAAAUUUAUCCAACGAGUGAAGAAAGGCUUGCAUGGCGAGGCUUGCCGAGCCUUGUAAGCCUUUCUAAGACGAGUGGGAUAAAUUUGAGUACACAAUCACACUUACAUAGUAUUCUUUUUAUCCUACAAAAAAUGUUACCUGUUUUUUCUGUUUAUCAUACCUCUUCGUUCCCGAUUUUACCGGGAAAGAAUACGACUUUUGUCGUUUGACGUGUUAAUAAUGACGUCACGAGCACGCGCGAUUAAUAUUGGUAAAAAAUGUUUUUUGCUGUUUGUGUUGCAUUUUGUGUUUAAAAUAUAUUACAUCUUGGUAUUUAAUUGUUUGUUUUGUGGAAUCUGAUUCGAUUUUACUAAAAAUGAAUACUUUAUAAUUGAUUCCGAGAAAUAUUACCUUCCUCCACACAUGACCAGGUGUGGGAUAAACAUAGGUGUGGGAUAUACCUUAUCUUUUCUUUAUGGGUCGUAUUGUGUUCUAUAAUAGCAUUAGCUGUAGGAUACAACUUCUUACUUUUGUUAACCAAAAUUUCAAAUGCGUACACAGUCGGUUGGUUUUCUCCUACCUACAGCAACAGACUGAAGAAAAUAUUAUAUUUUGUUUACAUGUGAACGAAUGUCAAGCUGCUGACCAGAACGUAUGUGAUCAGAUUUUUAUCAAUACACCGGGAAGUUUCCAGUGUAGCUGCAGAACAGGUUUUGUUGUGAGGAAUAGAACGUGUUCAGAUAUAAACGAGUGCCUGGGAAACAACAACUGUCAACAACAAUGCGUCAACACUAUCGGUAGCUUUAGAUGCUUUUAUGGAGCGUGAUUUGUCCUUGAUCUUACGGACCGAAAUUCUUGCAUAGCGUGUCUUCAAGGUCUAUUCGGUAUAAGCUGUACGAGUACGUGUUUGUGUGAUAUGACAACAUACAUCCGUGUGCAACACAGUGAACGGAAACUGCACGUGUGUCGCAGGCUGGAUUGGUUCUACAUGUAAUACAGAUGUCGACAAGUGUGCGUCAGCUGAUGGCUUCACAUGCCCAGCACACUCGACAUGCGUAAAUACACGUGGUAGUUACGAGUGUCAUUGUAAUCUGGGUUUCAAAUCGAGCAGUAAACUAGAUAGCUGUACAGCUGACAUCGGAGGACAAUGUACCGAUGCAAGAAUGUGUCGGACAAUCAAUGCAAUUUGUGAGAACAACGCAUGCGCAUAUAUGUCUGGUGUGGAAGACAAACGGACCUGCACAUGCGACAUCAGUAAGAAUGUAUUGACACCCUAAGCAGCAACAUUUAUUAUCAGUAAUCAGGCUUAUCAGUUGCAUAGUUAUUUGAUAUGGUGUAUUUAUUUGCAUUGAGCCAUCACAUGUUGCAAUAGACUCCUCCACUGCGAAAACUGCGGUGAUUAAUAUGUUCAUUUUACUCGAAAAAUUAUUUGAACGAAAUAUGUUUUUGUGUGCUUGUUUAAUACUCACUGGUUACUGAAAAUUAAGGUACGAAUACACAAAUAAAUUAUUAUUGAUUCAACCUAUGUUUCAUGUUUACACAAACUCAUGGUGAGAAUGCAGUUUACUUUAAACAAUAAAAGUAGCUGUACGCGUGUUGUUUUUGUAAUUUCCAAUUCUGCCAUUCGGGCAAGACGCAGGGGAUACAAGUCUUGGUCAUGACCUAUGCAGUGAACAAAUUGUCUUCCCACCUGCGAUUCCAGUCUUCAACAAAAUGAGGCGGUCAAUGCAUGUUUGCAGGAGAGGGCUCAUAAGUUUUGAUGCAAAGUAUCUCUCUGAAAAGCCUAAAUUGGCUUUGGAUGAGAAAGCAAAUAUCAACUUUCCAGUUGUGGCGGCAUACUUUACAGAAAUCUAUUUGGACCAUUUAUCCACAAUCACGUUUAGAACAUAUGAUGUCCUUAAAGAUUACCCAUUUACACCUAAAGUGGCGGAAGAAUUACGAUUCCUUGAAAGUGUAAUCAAGCGUGUCGAAAAUAUAUCAGCAUUCGACACAAGUUUUGUUUUGAUAGCAACAUGGAAUAAUGUUAAACCAUCAUUUAAUCCGUAUAAUACAGCAACGUUUCAACUGAUUAUAAUUUCAAGCGGCGAACAGACCAUUUCUUUUACAAUUUACGGGCAUAAUUUAAUGCAAUGGACCACUGAUAAAGAACGCAUCCCUUUAUGGAUCGGUCAUGCAGAUAUAGACAGAGAUAUAUACAGUCACAUUUACUCGUUCAGCAAAAAUGCACUACAAAGGGAUCGCUACCGAAAACAGGAGUGCCCAUGUGACGUCGCUAUGGCCCAAUGGGACCCUUGGUUUUGGCAGAUCCGCCGCCAUGUGCGUCUGCCUGAUAGCAACGAUGUCGUCUGCGUGGACACGGUGUUGGGUCAAAGUUACAAACCAUAUGGAAAGUCAUGUUGUUAUUACCGUUCAACAUUGGCAUUCGUGGACACGAGGCCUUUUUCUGGUGGAUUUUACUUAUUACAUUCAUCAUUCUCACCACGUGAUCACGAGGCAAAUGACUUAAUCAUGAAGGAAAAAUGCUGUACGAAAUCAGACAACUGCGAUCUCUAUUACGAACUGCAUCCUACAGGCACAUGCUACACCGGGUCGCCGUACCACUUUGGUAACAGAUUUAAACUUAUUGUUAACUGAAACGGUGCUAAUUAGUGUGAAAAUCGUGAUUAUAUUGUCUGUCCGUGUACAAUGUCAAUUGACGGUUCUGGAAAUCGCGAAAUGUUCCACGUGUUAUCUCCACACUCAGACCAACCAGAGAAAAACGAUUGAUACUCGCUGAAACCGCUUCCGGCUGGCCCUUUCUUAGGCGUCAUCCGAUUAAAAACAUGUAAGUUAUAUGGUAGAUGUACCUGUUUGAACACUCAAUUUUGGCAUCGAAGCGAGAGAUCGUCGGCCAUCUCGUCUUAACUCUGACCACGUGAUUCCCUGCAUGGCUAAAGUGCUUUUAAAUAGCAAACUACUGUAGCCAUAUAAACCAGAUAUGGAGACUUCUGGUGCUCAUAAUAUAGUAAGCUAUUUCCGCUCUAGACGACAAAACGUUGUAUCAUGGUGUCAUAUUAAAAUCAAACUUCAACGCAUUUACGCCGUGUUUUAUUAUUUAUUUAGUAUAAUUUGUAUUGAAUAAAAUAAAAUUUAAUUAAAGUUAUACAAUAAUGUUUAUUUUUGUAUCACGCUAAAUUUAUCAUGUUAAUGCCCACAGUAUUCUUUGAAAAUUGUUAAAAAUGUAUUAAUACAAAAAGAAGUAUUUCUCUUAUUCCAUGUCAAACAAUGUGUUUUUUGUUUUCGCUAAAGUGGGUAUACACGAUUUGUAUAUGUGUGAAAUUGUAAUAUAUUGAUAAAAAUAUGUUACAAUAACACAAAAUAGGCAAGAAAAAUAAUUAUACAUCGAAGACGAAUUUCAUAAAAUGCAGCAGACAACUAAGCACAGGUUAAAGCCGAUGCCGACACUUUUACUCGUGUUUGUUAUGAAACAAAAUUGUGUCUUUGUGUCGUAUUAACGAAUC